AUGGCUUGCCACGGCCGGUACACUACCGAAAAAGUAACUUACCCAUCUCACGGGGAGACAAUCACUGGCAUCCUUUACAUGCCCAAAGGCAUCACAAAUCCUCCUGGCGUUGUUGUCCUCGGUCCAUACUCGUUCGUCAAGGAGCAAGCCCCAUUACAAUAUGGUACGCGGCUCGCCGACGAAGGUUACGCCGCCUUGAUCUUCGACCCACGCACGGUCGGAGAGAGUACUGGAGUGCCGCGGCGUCUCGAGAACCCCCUGAUGAAGAACGAAGAUGUUGUGUCCGGCCUCGACUACCUCGCUAGUAGAGGUGAUGUGGAUGCCAAGAAACUGUUUCUGGUUGGUGUUUGCCAGGGCGGUCCCGAGUGCCUGGAUGUCGCGUCAUACGACGAUCGUGUCAUCGCUGUGGCUUCCGUGACAGGAUACUAUCGCGAUCACGAGACGGAUGUUUACAUGAUCUGUGCUGGCUGCGUCAAUAUCGAGCCAGGCGUUGAUGUAGGAGCUAUGAAGAUGCCCACACCUGAGCAAGGAGAAGCUCUCUAUCAGGCGCGUAUUGAGAGGGCCAGAAAAGCUAAGGAACUGUACGACGAAACGGGAGAGGUCGUUUACCAACCUCUUGUGGACCCCAAAGCUGCAGACCCUAGUGUCGGCUCACUUGCUGGUCUUCCUGGACCGGUUCCAUGGUCGUGGUAUGGUCCUUGGACAUUAAAGGGUUUCGAGAAUCGAUACGCGGUCAUGAGUGAUUUAGAUCACUUUGGCUAUUCAACCGUAUAUGGUGUGGCAAAACUCAAUAAGCCAGCGUUGGUAAUACAUGGUGAUAAUUGCAUGAAUGCGCCGGCAGCAAAGAGGCACUUCGAAUCGAUCCCGACCAAGGCCAAGAAGCUGGUUUGGGAUAAUGGCGCGUCGCAUUUCCAGCACUACGAGCAGCCGGAUGUCGUCGAUCGUAACAUAGGCGAAAUCGCGGCCUGGUUCAAACAAGUGAAAACGUAA